AUGGCUUUGACCUACCAGCUGGGAUGUCUGCUGGCUUGUCUGCAAUGUUUCUGGGGUCCCACUGGAGGUGGAAAGCUGCUGGUUAUUCCAACUGAUGGGAGCCACUGGCUGAGCAUGCAAAUUCUACUCAAGGAACUCCAUGGAAGAGGGCAUAAGGUUAUGGUGGUCUAUCCUGAAAACAACUUGCUGAUCACCCCCUCCUCCAACUACAGCAGCAAAACGUUUUCCAUUGCUUUCAGCAAAGCUGAGGUGAACGAGUUAUACGAGAACGUAACAGAGAUGGGUUUUUACAGCGGAACAUUCUACCAGAGGGUUCAUAAAACCUUGCAGCAUGUGAAUAAAAUCAGUCAGUUCUUGCACAGCAUCUGCAAGCAUCUGCUGUUUAACACGGAGCUCAUGAAGGAGCUGGCUGAAGAGAAGUAUGACGCUUUACUGACUGACCCUUCUGUCCCCUGUGGCACUAUUAUUGCAGAGAACCUCUCGCUGCCCACGAUCAAUCUGCUGCGGUGGCUGCCUUGCGGCUUGGAUAAUUUAGCCAUGCAAUGCCCCCGGCCGCUCUCCUACGUGCCAAGGAUUUUGUCAGGGAACACCGAUCGGAUGACCUUCCUGCAAAGGAUGAAAAAUGUACUGCUCAGCUUACUGGAGCCACUGUUGUGCUGGUUCAUAUAUUCACCUUUUGAAGAGCUGGCCCAGAGGUUCCUUCAGAGAGAUGUGACACUGGUCCAGCUGCUGAGUCAAACUUCCAUCUGGCUGCUGAGGUACGACUUCACGCUCGAGUAUCCGAGACCUCUGAUGCCAAAUAUGGUGCUGGUUGGAGGCAUUAACUGCAAGGACAGGAAACCCUUACCACAGGAUUUAGAAGAAUUUAUGAACAGUUCUGGAGAACAUGGAGCUGUGAUCUUCUCCUUAGGGUCAAUGAUGUCAGGCAUGCCAAUCGCAACAGCCAAUCUGGUUGCAGAAGCACUGGGUCAAAUUCCUCAGAAGGUCCUUUGGAGAUACGUUGGAGAAAAACCUUCGACGCUGGCAUCAAAUACCAAGCUGAUGAAAUGGCUGCCACAAAAUGAUCUACUGGGGCAUCCCAAAAUGCGCGCUUUCCUGACACACGGCGGGUCGCAUGGAGUCUACGAGGCUAUCUGCAGUGCUGUGCCAAUGGUCUUACUGCCGUUGUUUUCCGACCAGGCAGACAAUGCAGAGCGCAUAAAGGAUCGUGGAGCUGGCAUUGUCUUGAGUUUAAAAGAUACCAGCUCUCGGGAUCUGAGGGACGCACUAAGCUUGGUUAUCAACGACAGCAGAUACAAGGAAGCCAUCAUGAAGAUGUCUUCCAUCUACAAGGACCGCUCAAUGGAGUCCCUGGAGCUCUCGGCCUACUGGGUGGAGUAUGUGAUGAGGCACGGAGGAGCCAAACAUUUACGACCUGCAGCUCACGAUUACAACUGGAUCCAAUACCACUGCCUUGAUGUCAUGGCGGCUCUUGUUGCCAUGGUGUUGCUGCUUCUCUUCUUGGUGAUCAAGUGCUGCUUGUUCUGUCGACGAAGGAAACAGAAGCUUUUCUCAUUUCCCAAGGACCUGUUGGAGAUAAUGGCCGGAAUCUUCCGUCCUGGAGUCCGACUCCAGCGGCAGGCACGGAAGCGGGAAUGA